GCUAAAUUUCCUCCUUCUCAUGAAAACACAUGCUGUGUUUUCGUGAAGGGGAAUUGAGGAGGAAGCAGGAAGCAGUUCGGAUUUAAUCAUUAGCUGUGAGCUCAAAUACAAAGCAGCAGCCCACAGCAGCUUCUAUCACUUCAGCUCAAACAUGUCAGCAUCUACAUCUGCAGCAGGGACGGUGGGCAGCGUCUUCGUGGUCACCCACGUGAUCCCCGCUACUGAGCCACAAAACACUCCACAGAAGACCAAGUUCAGCCAAGGACGACCGGAGGCCCUGGGGACGGUGCAGAUCAUGGUUGGCCUGCUGCUCCUCCUGUUUGGGAUCAUCGUGCUUCCACACUCUGAUUUGGAGAUUUAUAGCGGUGUCUUCUUGUGGGGAUCUCUGUCUUUUGUCUUAGCUGGAUCUGUGACUGUAUCGGCUGGGAAAUCCCUUAAUUGUUGUCUGGUGAGAGGCGCUCUGGGAGCCAAUAUUAUUGCUGCAGUUACUUCAGCUGCUGCCAUCAUCAUCUACAUCCUGGAAGCCUUUUGGCCACAUUAUGCUUAUCAUUAUUAUGGUAGCUCUUACUUGAACACCAGUACCCCCGACUGGUCAUUCACUCACAACUAUGAAAUGGUCCAGAGAGCUGUUCUGGCUGUUUUCUGUCUCCUGGAGUUUAUCGUUUCCAUCUGUAUCGCUGCCUUUGGCUGCUACGCUUUGUGUCCCUCCACUGAUCAGCCAAUCAUCUUUAUCAACAAAUCGCUCGAAGCUGCUUCAGAGGUCCCAUGUACAUACGAAUCCCCACCUGUGUCAGAAGCCCCACCCCCUUCAGAGAUCAGCUAUGAGGAUGUGAAGUACGACACCAACAUCGUCUGACUGCUGCGGACCGAACUCCAUGCUGUCCUGAAUCUUCAGCUUCUUUUUAACUGCUUAAUGGAAUCUUUAAGAAUCAGUUCCACCUGUUCAGGUCAUGAUCCUGGGUCUUUUGACCCAGCGUUUAAAGUUUUAGCUUAUUUUGAUGUUUAUAGUUUAUGUUUAAGUCCUUUAGGAAUUCCAAGUUCAUUUCUACUUUGCCUAAGUUGCCGUUAUAGUUAAUUGUUUUUUCGAUUCCCCUUGUGUCCUUUACCCCUGUGUUUAUGUUCGCCCUUUAUGUGUUUCAUGCCUGCGCGUCUUAUGGUGUCAGGUUCGUGUCGUCAUGUCUGCGUUCCAUGCUGUUUCCCUUCCUAAUUGCAGUGUGUCUAGUUUUGCUUCCCCUUGUCACCUCUGGUCUGAUUUGUCCCACCUGUUCCCCAUCCUCACACAUCUUUCUGUGUACUUAAGUCCUCCUUUGUUCAGUGUCAGGUUGUCUGUUGUCUUUUGCGUCAUGUCUCCCUGUUUCAGGUAUCUUUGUAUCCACGACAAGUUUCAUGUUUAUGCUUUUUCAUGUGUAUUUUUAGCUUCCCCAGUUUACGUUAUUGUUUAUUCUCAUCUUAGUUUGCCUUAUGCAUUACUUUGUAUUUCUCCAUCAGUCAUAUUAAACUGCUCACUUUUUGUUAA